CCGCUGUAAAACAGUUGUAAUAAUAAUGGAGCAACAACAGCGUCGUUUUCUUCCUCGUCCGUCCUUCAUAAUUUAAUCGUUACAUCGUUCCGAAGCGGGCAAAGCACGUCCCGUUGUUAUACUAGUCUAGGCUACGGACCGACUGAUUGUUGUGAUACGGACGGUUUUGUGUACGCAGGAGAUGAUAUAAAGCACCUCGAAGACGACUAGAACGGGUAACUGGAGCCGCGCGAAGAGGAAGCAUGAAGUUUGCGGUUGCAGUGUUGUGGCUGUUGUGGUUCUCGUUCGGCGAUGCCACUAUUGAAGCUCCAGAGGAGUUUGUGUCUCUGGCUGAGAUGGAGGAUGCCUUGUUGAGGAACCUGUUUAGAGGGUAUCAGAAAUGGGUCCGACCCGUUCUGCACGCUAACGACACCAUCACAGUACGCUUCGGACUCAAGAUCUCACAGCUGGUGGACGUGGAUGAGAAGAAUCAGCUGAUGACUACUAAUGUCUGGCUAUGGCAGGAGUGGGUGGAUGUGAAGCUCCAGUGGAACCCUGAUGAGUAUGGAGGAAUCACCUCUAUCAGAGUUCCCUCUGAAACAAUAUGGCUGCCAGACAUCGUCCUCUAUGAGAAUGCUGACGGGCGUUUCGAGGGCUCUCUGAUGACCAAAGCCAUCGUGAGGUCAGAUGGGACAAUCAGGUGGACCCCUCCGGCCAGCUACAAGUCUUCAUGCACCAUGGACGUCACCUUCUUUCCCUUCGACAGACAGAACUGCUCCAUGAAGUUUGGCUCGUGGACCUACGACGGCAACAUGGUUGACCUGGUCCUUGUCGACCACUACGUCGACCGCAAGGACUUCUUCGACAACGGUGAAUGGGAGAUCCUCAACGCCACCGGCGCCAAGGGCAGCCGACGGGACGGUAUCUACUGGUACCCCUUCGUUACCUACUCCUUCAUCCUCAAGAGGCUUCCUUUGUUCUACACACUCUUCCUCAUCAUCCCCUGUCUCGGUCUGUCCUUCCUGACCGUGUUGGUGUUCUACCUCCCGUCUGACGAAGGAGAGAAGCUGUCUCUGUCCACGUCGGUCCUGGUGUCACUCACCGUGUUCCUCCUCGUCAUAGAAGAGAUUAUACCGUCCUCCUCCAAGGUGAUCCCUCUGAUUGGAGAGUACCUCCUCUUCAUCAUGAUCUUCGUCACCUUCUCUAUCAUCGUCACGGUGUUUGUCAUCAAUGUCCACCACCGCUCCUCAGCCACCUACCACCCCAUGGCCCCCUGGGUAAAAAACCUCUUCCUCCAGAGGCUACCCAGAAUGCUUUGCAUGAGGGGACACACUGACAGGUACCACUACCCAGACAUUGAGCUGCGUAGCCCAGAGCUGAAGCCCCGCGGAGGUCCAGGGAGGAGGGGGGCGUCGGGCCAGGGCCAAGCCCAGCAGAGAGGCCCUGUCGGGGGGAAGGAGGAUGAGAACCAUGCCUGGUUGGCCAUGCUGGAGAAAGCCACCAACUCAGUACGGUACAUCAGUCGUCACAUCAAGAAGGAACACUUUAUCAGAGAGGUGGUGCAGGACUGGAAGUUUGUAGCUCAGGUGUUGGACAGGAUCUUAUUGUGGGUGUUCCUCACUGUCUCCAUACUGGGUACCAUCCUCAUCUUCACUCCAGCCAUCACUUUGUACCUGACCACUCCCCCCUUCAACACAUAGACCCUAUCAGUAGACUCUAACCCCUAUAGACCCUAACCCCUACACCCUACCACCUACACCCUACAACACAUAAACAGUAGACCCUAACCCCUACACCCUACCACCUACACCCUACAACACAUAAACAGUAGACCCUAACCCCUACACCCUACCCCCUACACCCUAACCCUUACACCCUACAACACAUAAUCAGUAGACCCUCCCCCCUACACCCUACCACCUACACCCUACACCCUAACCCCUACACCCUACACCCUACAACAGAUAAUCAGUAGACCCUAACCCCUACACCCUAACCCUUACACCCUACAACACAUAAUCAGUAGACCCUAACCCCUACACCCUAACCCUUACACCCUACAACACAUAAUCAGUAGACCCUAACCCCUACACCCUAACGCUUACACCCUACAACACAUAAUCAGUAGACCCUAACCCCUACACCCGAACCCUUACACCCUACAACACAUAAUCAGUAGACCCUAACCCCUACACCCUAACCCCUACACCCUAACCCUUACACCCUACAACACAUAAUCAGUAGACCCUAACCCCUACCACCCUACACCCUACAUCCUAACCCCUACACCCUGCGUCCUAACACCUACAGCCUACAUCCUAACCCCUACACCCUACGUCCUAACACCUACAGCCUAUAUCCUAACCCCUACACCCUACACCCUACGUCCUAACACCUACAGCCUACAUCCUAACCCCUACACCCUACACCCUACGUCCUAACACCUACAGCCUACAUCCUAACCCCUAUAUGCUAACCACUACACCCUACAUCCUAACCACUGUACCAUACAUCCUGACCCCUACCAUCCUAAUCCCUACACCCUACGUCCUAACACCUACAGCCUACAUCCUAACCCCUACACCCUACAUCCUAACCCCUAUAUGCUAACCACUACACCUUACAUCCUAACCACUGUACCAUACAUCCUAACCCCUACCAUCCUAACCCCUACACCCUACAUCCUAACCCCUAUAUGCUAACCACUACACCCUACAUCCUAACCACUGUACCAUACAUCCUAACCCCUACCAUCCUAACCCCUACACCCUACAUCCUAACCCCUACACCCUAAUCCCUACAUCCUACCAUCCUCAUCUCUUCAGAUGUACCUUAGUGCCAGACAUUGAAGAUCCUGACCAAGUCCCCGACCACUGCUCUCAACACCUGCUAAGUACCUCACAGCCCCCCAUCCCCAAGACCUCCAAACCAUAUGCAACGGAGUUGGAAUCACCACCUUUUCUACGGCGUGACGCUACGACGCUGGGGGUCAAGAGGGGGGUCAUGUGUAUUUAUGAGGAAGGGGAUCCCUGGUUGGUUGGAGCCCAGAGACAUGGGAGGAAGCUAUAUUGUGACGCUUGUUACACAACUCCAAGCUUUACCCCAACUCUAGCCCCAGUCAUCAACCCCUAACUCUCUCUCUCCCUCUCUUUCUCUCUCUCUCUCCCUCUCCCUCCCUCCCUCUCCCUCUCCCUCUCUCUCUAUCUCCCUCUCUCUCUCUCUCUCUAGCCCCAGUCACCAACCCCUAACCCCUGACCCUAGAGGUCGCCUUCCAAAUUUUCCUUUCGAAGAAAGUCUAUUGCGACCUCUUCACCCUUGAAGCCCUAACCCCUAUACCUGCAAGUGGAAUUCAACUUCCUUGUCCUAAAAUACACCACGUAAUGUAAUUAUGACUACUGUACAUCAUCACUGAUAGCUUGGGUACCAGUCUGUUUGUGCUAACGUUCCACUCCCUCGUCAUGUCAUGUUUGGCACUUGACACCGAGUACACGGAGUGGAAUGUUAGCACAAAACAGAUCUGGGUUUCAGGCUACAUUACUAAAUGACUUCACCUCCAAACUGUACAACACAUAGUCACUUGUUUACGUAACUAUAUACAACAUAGCCUGAUUGCCAGUCUGUUUGUGCCAUCACUCUAAAUCCUCCUCACUCAUCAUCAUGCCAAUUGGCUAGCCUGGUCCUAGAUCUGUUUGUGCCAUGAUUCCAAAUCAAGGAGUAGCACAAACAGAUCUGGGACCAAGCUACAAAUGGUCUUUCAGUGACGGUAGUGGAGUUGUCGAGAGCACAAACAGAUCUGGGACCAGCCUAACUAUAAAGUGCACCUGUUGUUCAACCCCUUGGAUUCAAGCCAAACACUUUGGUAUACAACUCAGAACUCCAAGCACUGUGAUGUACAUGUACAUAGGACUAUAAGCAAUAACCAAGCCACUGAUAUCUUAUACCAAAUCUCUAUGUUAUUAUUUGAAUAUAUUUAUGUCGGUUCACGUUAGAAAUGUACAAUGUCACCUGCCUGCUAAAUGUUCUUUCCUGUCGUCAGUCAGCACAUACCAACGACACAUUCAGGAUUCUUCUUAUGCACAAUGUUGCACACACACACACACACACACACACACACACACACACACACACACACACACACACACACACACACACACACACACACACACACACACACACACACACACACACACACACACACCACACACACACACACACACACACACACACACACACACACACACACACACACACACACACACACACACACACACCACACACACACACCAAACACACACACACACACACACACACACACACACACACACACACACACACACACACACACACACACACACACACACACACACACACACACACACACACACACACACACAUACACACACACACACACACACACCACACACACACACACACACACACACACACACACACACACACACACACACACACACACACACACACACACACACACACA